CCCCCCAAUUUCUGCUAAAUCUGUAUUGUGCGCCAAUUCAAAUCCACCAAGCAAGAAGAUGUCGGAGACGAGCAGCGCUAAAUCUCCUUCCGAUAACCUCUUCCCUUCGCUGAUCUCCGACAUCAAAGCCUACAAUGGGGCGGAUCCUCUGCUCCCAUGGCUUCGCGGGAUAAAGAAGCUCAAGGAGAAGCUGCCGCCUCAGCUCCUGAAAGAGAAACUCCCUCGAUUUCUCCAGAAAUGCGCCGAAACUUUCAUGACCGACCGCUGUUACUCCAACGAUAUGCGAUACCUCCGCGUUUGGCUGCAAUUGAUGGAUUUUGUGGAGGAACCGAGAGCGGUGUUGAAAACAAUGGAGACGAAUCGGAUUGGGCUGAAAAAGUCGGUGUUUUACCAAGCGUAUGCUCUCUAUUAUGAGAAGCUGAAGAAGUUUGAUGCAGCUGAGAAGAUUUAUCAUCUCGGAGUGCAGAACCUUGCAGAGCCUGCUGAUGAGUUGCAAAAGUCAUACGAUCAAUUUCUCCAUCGGCAGGAGCGAGCAAAGAAUAAGAGAGUUCAGCUCAUAGUGCAGCUACAGGGAGGGAAAACAAGCAAGGGAAGAUUGAACCACAAUGAUGUUGGAAGUUGCAAAGAGAAAUUGCACAAAAUGGAUGGUCAGCCUACAGAUAUGCGGUGUAAAGAUCAUUUGCUAGGGACAGAAGCUACUAAGUUUGCAAAUACUGGAAAUAAGGUGUCGCUCCAAAGCUCCCGGAAUGAAAUGCUCGUAAAAGAAUUAAAUUCUAUCAGUAAUAAUGGAGGGCUUGAUGAAGAACUUUAUAGAAAGGUAGUUCUAAGUGACUCCGGAGUUGAGGGACAAGAUGAAAACAAAAGGCUCUGUAGUGAUGACACGGUUGUGGUUAGGUUUGUAGAUACUGCGAUUGUUGGGAAAUCCAACGCAGAAGAUGCACGCCAUCAUGGUCUUAUUGAACCUACGAUUAAUACAAAAGAGGCCAUGAAUGCCAUUAAUACCAUGUUCCAGGAGCCGUUAGAACCCUCAAUCUCGGGCAGGUCAAGAAGAAACAAGUCUAGUAUUGGUAACAAUGCAGAGAAUGGAUUUAGUGUUUUCAGUGAUGAAAGCUUAGAGUCGAAGCAGAACUCUCCAGAGGUUCGAUCGCUGCCCCAACUCACACCACCUGACACUAAUCAGCCUCUGGGCGAAUCAUUUGAAAUAUAUGUGGAUGGCGAGGAAACUGUUGAUGUUAAAGAGAUAGCAAAUGGGAAAGGUAUACCAGCUCGAGAUACUAAUCCUGUUGACAUAUCUAUUAGCCAUGCUACUGUGUUUGCUAGACCAAAUGAUCACCCUUCAGCAUUUAAGGACCCGAAUCUUAGGAGGCCAAUCCGGGAGGAUACAGCAGUUUAUAGAUUUGUAGGUUCAACCAUUUCUGAUGAACCGGAGGUCGAGAAUGCUUGGCACCAUGGCCUUGUAGACCCCACCAUUAAUCUGAAGGAGGCUAUGCAAGAUAUCAAUAGCAUGUUCGGAAAGCCAAUUGAGUUCACAAGGAAAAGAAGGCCAAGGAAACACGUCGAAUCACCUGAAGUGAAAGACCAUAAUGGAGGGUUUCUCAUACUUCCUGAUGAUGAUGAUGAACCAGAAGAUACAAAGCCUGAUCCUGCUAGUGGUUUCUUUCGAAAACCUAUUGCUUCGAAAUGUAACCCUGAUCAGAGCCGAAACAAAAUGCCAGAAGAUAUGAACAAUUAUUCUGGGUUUCUAAUCCUUCCUGAUGAUGAAGAAGAUAACCAACAAGAGAGCUCCUUGCCAAGUUCGUCUACAAGAAACGACAGUGAUUUGUUUGAACAAACUGUGUGCACCAAAGAGGCAAUGGAUGAAAUAAACAAAUUGUUUGCAAUGCCAAUGGAUUUUUAAAAGCCGAUGACGCCGAUGGUGGCCGCUUUAAUAGGCUUAGCUCCGUUCAGGUGCCACGACCCGUAGUUCUCACAGCUUUGGCAGUAGACGAGGCCUUCCACCACCACAUCGGUCACCUUCGCUGCUGGUUUUGGGGUUGUCUCGUAGGCAUUCGUCAAGAGCGGGAGCAGGGUGAGGAAGAGGAGAGGAAGCAUGGCAAGGUGUCGACGGUUUGCCAUCGUUGAGACGAUACGAGGUAGGAGGACUGUUUCCCAAGAUUUUGUGUUGUGAAAUGCUGAGAUUGUUGCUGGUGUUUAUAGUUGGGUUGUGGGGUUUGAAUUUGAGCAAACGUGGAAACAACUAAAACGAUUUAUUUGGAUGGUUUGGGGUUCACAUUGUUGACAACGUGACAGCCACCUUCAUAUAUAAUUUGUGUGUUCAGUUUAACUGACUUCAUUUUGUUUGGUAUUUCAUAUCAUAAUAUUGAGUGAUGAAAACAUUCUGCUAGGAACUUUCGUUGCAGAUUUUAUCCAAAUUUUAGGCCUUGUUGCAAAUUAGAUCUAAUGUAAUCUUGUUGUUGGUAGAAAAUUUGUACUUCUAAUUUUUUGCAUUAGUUUAGAAGUUAGAUUUAGAUAAUUAUUUGAAGUUGGUACUUAUAAUUAAUUGAGAGCUUUUAAA